AAUUCUUGAUACGUUGUUACAUUUUCUUCUUAUUUCUAGACUAUUCUGUAGUAUGUAUUAGAGCAAAAUAAAGCUUACUUUACGCUUUUAUAAGAAUUUUGAUCAAUUUCUUGGUGUGCACCGUUCAAACAUUGUCUUUUUUAAGUAUCAAUCGAGUAUUAUUCCUGCACGGUAUUUUAGAAUGUGAUACAUAAGGAAAACUUCAGACAGUCCGUUACUUUAGACUGUUAGGAGUACUUGGGUCUCUCAAGAGUUUUCUGAUUUUCUGUCACACGUGUAAAAUACGUGAUUAUUUAGAAAUGGGAAUAAAUAACAAAGUUGAAUAUUUGGUUGUUGAUACCAGUGCAUUCAUUAAAAAUGUACCUUUGCAGGAAAUUGGUACCAAUAUCAUAACAGAACAGGAUGUUGUUAAUGAAAUUACCAAUAAGAGACAACUGAGAAGACUGGUUGUUCUUCCAUAUGAUUUAUCAGUAAAAGAUGUUUUUCCAGAGAAUAUACAGUUUGUUACAGAAUUCUCUAAGAAAACAGGGGACUACACAAGUCUCUCUGCGACAGAUAUAAAAGUUAUAGCAUUAACUUAUCAACUCGAAAAAGAGAAAGUGGGUAUAUCUCAUUUGAAGCAAACACCUACAAUAGUAAAGACAAUAAGUACUAGCAACGCGGGACCACAGGAUCAUCCAAAGGUCCUAGCUGGUUUUUAUUCACCUGAAAAUGACACAGAGAGUGAUGAGGGUAACGAUAAUAGUGAAGCAGAUAAUGAAGAGGAUUUCGAAGAGGAUUCCCAUAAAGAAGAAUCAAAAUCAGAAAAUCCUGAUGUAUCACUAAGAGCUCAAUUUGGAGACACAAGCAGAGACUCUUCGCCAACUAAUUCAAUAUCUGCUGCUUCAUCCGAAUCAGAUUAUGAAACAGCAGCAUCCGAUCUAGAAGAAUAUAACUCAAACAACCUGGCUGCAAAGUUUGCGACAUUGAACUGUAAACCAGAGGAUCUCAAAGUGGAAGGUGACGGUGAGCACAACAUGGAUGAUAUCCUUGUACCUGUAAAGUCCGAGAAUGAUGACCAGGAUGAAGAGGAUGAGGAUGAUGAAAACGAAGAAGAGGAAGAUGCAGAUGACGAGGGAAACGAUGAAGAUGUUGGCGGAUGGAUAACGCCCAAAAAUAUUGUGAAAGUCAAAAAGGAAAUGGAUUCUGAUGUUUUGGAAGAUAAGCCUGCUACCGUCGCUUGCAUGACAACCGAUUUUGCAAUGCAAAAUGUUUUAAUGCAAAUUGGUUUGAACGUAGCUGCUCUAGAUGGCAGAGUCAUUAAGCAAAUGAGGACGUUCAUCCUUAGGUGUUACGCUUGUUUUAAAACAACUAGCGUUAUGACAAAAAUGUUCUGUCCCAAUUGUGGACACAAGACUUUGAAAAAGGUGGCUGUGUCUAUGGAUGACAAUGGCAAAAUGCAGAUUCAUGUUAAUGCACGAAAGCCACUAAGUGCCAGAGGAAAAAAGUUCUCAUUACCAACUCCAAAAGGUGGAAAGCAUGCGAACAAUCCUAUUCUCUGCGAAGAUCAACCCAUGCCUGAUCAGAGACCAACAAGACUGGCGCGAACCAAGAAUGAUCCUCUCAAUGAUGAUUACAUUGCUGGAUAUUCUCCGUUUGUAAUGCGAGACACAAAUUCAAAGUCGGCCAUGCUUGGCAUUCGUCCAGGUAGUCACGUUAAGCACUGGAUGAGAAAGAAUCCUAAUGAAGCAAGAAGACGGCGAAAGUAAUUCAUUCACUUUUAACUUAAGUUGUAUACAAUAAAUAUGCAUUCAAUAUACCACUGUA